CAACGCUUUCCAGCGAGCCAUUGUCCAAGUUUUUCCCAACCCGCUCAAUUCAUAUACCUUCAAUCACAAUGGGUGGAGGCGGAAAGAUCCCGUAUCCCAAGGAAGUCUGGUCUCCCGCCGGAGGCUGGUAUGCUCAGCCCGCGAACUGGAAGCUCAACACCGCCAUCAUGGGUGCCACAGUGAUUGGAAUUGCUGCUACUGUCUGGAGCAUCAGCGCCGACCGUGAGCACCGCGACAAGAUGCCCGAGCCUGGCAGAUUCUUCCCUAGUCGCUACUGGAGCAGGGAAAUCAUCGAACACGAGAGAAAACAACAAGCCUCGAAGCAGGACUCAUAAUGUGGUUGACAGGAAAUAAGAAGCGAGUGGGAUAAAAUGCAAUUGCGAAGGUCUCCUGUGGCAUGAUAGGUUUUGUUUUCAUCGUUUUUUGAGGGCUGUACGACAAUAGAAGGGCGUUCUUCAACCGGUCAGUUGAUCUGCGAGUGCUUCUGAGGAGACUCUUCAAGUGUUCGAUACAAGCGCUGUGUGUACAGACGGACCCGUUCCGUGAACUCAGUCUCGUUCCAAAGCUCUCUUCCAUCGGUAGAUGUAGAAAUCUGCGGUACGCCAAUCUGCUCAACCACAAAGCUCGCCGCUAC